CGGAGGAAUUACUUCCGGUGCACUGUAGUUCAUGUUGCUGACGUCAUGAUGUGAAGUCCUUGAUUGAUUCUUUUCACUCAAAAUGCGAUAAAGCUUCAGAUCAGCAGGUUAUAAACCCGGUCCGUCUCUCCGGUUCUGUUCUGAUCACCCGGCGGUGGCGGCUGUUGAUCCGGGAUCCUCUGAGCCGGAAUGUUUUCACUGUGGAGCCUGAGACCGGCGCUGACAUCACUGAGACCGGCGCUGACGUCACUGAUUCAAGCCUCCCAGCAUGCAUCUGUCUGGACGGGUCCCAUCCUCUCCAGGACCAUGGCCACCCUCAACCAGAUGCACCGCCAGGGGAAGCCCAAACCGCCUCCGAAGUCUGUCGGCGCCACGUUCGGCCGUCCCCAGUUGAAGGGCGUGGUCCUGAAGACCAUGAUCCGAAAGCCCAAGAAGCCCAACUCUGCCAACAGGAAAUGCGCUCGAGUGCGUCUGUCCAACGGGAAGGAGGCGGUGGUGUUCAUCCCCGGCGAGGGACACAACCUGCAGGAGCACAACGUGGUGCUGGUGGAGGGCGGGAGGACGCAGGACCUGCCCGGCGUCAAACUCAAAGUGGUCCGAGGAAAAUAUGACUGUGCUCACGUUGUGAAGAAGAAACAGUAGACCGAGACGAGGAACGCUGCGAUUGAUUAAUAAAUUAAUAAAUACAUGUGACUGUC